AUAGCUGUGUGUGUAUUAGUCGCGUGCCGUGCUCAGCUACAGACGCGUGUCUGCAGCUUUUUGUGUGUGCACAAUUAACGGCCUAUAAAUUAUAUCGUGCAUUCUCGAGCGACCAGGCAUCAAGUACGGACGGCCCGUUGUGAGCUCUCUUUUCAUUUUUUUAAACAUUAGUUGUAUAUUAUAUCUACAAGUAUUUCCAAAGCUUGAUUUCUCUUUAUUUUCUUGGAUUAAUCACUACCACCAUGCAACCAAAGGAACAUAUAGCACUGAUCAUGGAACAACUGCACAAGACACUUUUACUAAGAGCAAAGCACUGCUAUACACGACAGCUCGUGUCUCCAGCGAAGCGAUGUGAUUUUUGCAAGAAAUCAAUGUUUGUAAUGACUCUACGCUGUAAGGAUUGCAGAGUAAGAUGUCAUCGUCGAUGUGCACAACAAGCAGCCAAGCUCUGCGAACUCGCCGCUAAACACACGUUUAUAGCGACAGGUCCAGAGAGUAGGAACAGUGUACCAACUUGCCACGCAGCCCUGGAAGCAACUCGAAGACAUCAAUCAGUUAACUCGACCCCUCUACAGUCUAAUCGCAGGGAGAUUUCAACUGAUUCCUUCAGAGAAAUCGAGUCUCACCAAUCCACAUUCAGCGUAAGACGUUCUACCACCCGUCAACGCCUCAGUACCACUGUCUCAGACAGUGUCCACAAGGACUACUCCCUUGGACAUGUAUCAAGGUCAACGCUAUCAUCCCAUUCUUCAAAUAGGUCUUCGGUAUCCGGAUACUACUCGCUUGAAUCCGAUGUAGGCCUUCUCUCCGAAUGCGACACACCAAAAGAGAUCAGUGUCUUUGAUAGUUUGGGCCCGGAUGAGGUCACGUUGCCAAACCCUUCCUUGAUCUCUCGUGCUUGUAGACACGAAGCAUGGGUAGCCACCAAGCCCUCACCUGGAUCAACAUCAUUGGAUUGUCCAGCCCAUGGUAACUGCGAGUCUGGAUUCGAGACUAACACAAUCGUGUCACAGGGUGGAGGUUCACUCGUUGCGACUUGGCCCCUGGACCGGAAAUGCAUCCUUUGUUCCCACAUUCCAGAAAAUAAUUGCAACUCUAAUGAUCAGAUAGUAUCAGAUGAAGUAGAUGAAUAUGGAAGUUCUUCCCUUCAUUACGAAGCUCGCAAAGAAGGCCUUAGUGAAUGGACCAUACCGCAUGGCAACCUAAAGUACGGCAGGUGCAUAGAAAGAGGCAAAUUAGGAAGCACAUUCAAGGGUCAUUGGCAUGGUGAGGUCCUGAUACAGACGAGAAAUUCUAAUUCGACCGACAUCAAUGAUUUCUUGGACGAAGUCGACGUUCUAAGUAAGAUACGACAUGAAAACAUUGCUCUCUUUAUGGGUGCCUGCGUAGAACCUGGUCAUCUGGCGGUCGUCAACAGCAUACACAAGGGCCCAUCUCUCUAUCAUCAUCUUCAUGUUCAACGAAGAAAGAUCCAUACCUCUUUUAACAUACCAAAGAUCGAUAUCGCCCGUCAGAUCGGCCAGGCUAUGGGUUACCUUCAUGCUAAGGGCAUCAUCGUUGGACAUAUAUCAUCCAGAUGCGUCUAUCUCGAGUCAAAGGUCAAACUUUCGAUCACCAGGGUCGAUACCAGUGACGUCACAUGUCAAAGAUCCAAUCACGCAUGUCUACCGAGGGGAAAACUGAAUUAUCUUGCCCCUGAACUCCUGGCUAUUGCUCGCGUAAUUCCACCCGAACUUAUCACUUACACAGAACAGACACAUAGCACUGACGUCUAUGCUUUCGGAACAAUCCUAUUCGAGAUAAUAGCUGGUCGAUGGCCUCUGCAAUACGCAUGCUCAGAAAGCGUCAUCUACCAGAUAUGUUCAGGGAAACGAGACGACUUCAGAAAGGUCUCGUGUUCAUCAAGCAUCAAGAAUCUUAUUCAGGAAUGUUGGUCACAUGACCCAUGUGAGAGGCCGUCAUUCCAGCACAUUGUCAAGGAACUAAAGAAAAACGUUUCCCUAGGUAACAUGAAACACAGUUUAUCAGAGCCGGAUAACCUCAACCGACUUGGAACCGGAUUAUUUCCGGUUUAAACCGGAUUAUUUCGAUGAGCAACUAAAUAAGAAUAGCACGUGAUGUUAACCGAAAACUAGCCAUUGCAAUUAACCGUACCAUUGGACAUGUUGGAAGUAACCAUGUGAACCGAAUCGGCUUUAUGCUCGCGCAGUUAACUUAAGUCGGUUUGAUAUUCUCUUACAAAAAGGUAUGGCUUUUAUAAAUCAAUUUGAAAAAAAUCUAAGAGAGUCAAUGGAGGAUUUCGAUCAGCCACAUGAUCUAUGACGAGUAAAUACAUCGGAUUAUACCACAUUUAGUUCUCAUUAACAGUGUCUUAACACGGAUAUUCGAAUUGAUAUACAUGUAUGCCUUCAAAUAGUAUACCUAAACCAUGUAUUCUAUUGAUCACCUUAGCAGUACUUAUGAAAAAAGAUGUAUAUUUCGAAAUGAUAAAAAGAUCUAUUCUGAGCUUCCAUUUUUUACCAAGAUAGGCAACAUUUUCUGCUUUAAUUUUAUAUGUGCAAUAUUUUGAACUGGUAGAGUGCAUUGACGAUAUCGAGAGUAAAUCUGAAUGUGUAAACAGAAGUAUUUAAAUAGUGCAAUUAAUGUAUUUUCUCUGGGUGUCAUAUAUCCUUUAAAUUUGAUUUUUCCUAUUUAUGUCAAACGUAUAUUUGUAGUCAAUAAAUUCAAUUAAUAUUGUUAUGAAGCUUACAUUUAAUGACAUUUACUAAAUUGAAGGAAAAUAUGAAUAUUCAAAAGUGCAACAGCAAGAAGCUUGAGAGAAAGUUUAUGUAUUGUAUACUGUACAUAUACUAUAAACCUGUUCUUUCUACAUGUUUGUGAGACGAUUAUAAAAUUAUCGAAUUUACCUAUUUGAAUUUACAUCGAAAAUUAUUUCAAAAUGAAAUGGAAUACCUUUCUUGAAUUUAUUCAUUUUACUAUGCUCGCAGAAAAUAACGAUUAGUAAAUUGCCAUUUAAAUGCAUGUUUUAAAGAAAACACAUAUUAUUCGAUUUAAUGUUAAUGCAUAAUAUCAUGUUAAUUUUUUGUAUAUUAUUAUAAGGAAUUCGUUAGCUUUGAUUUAAAAAAUCCUCUAUAUAAUGAGUUGUUGUAUUCAUUUGUUUUUGUGAGGUAGAAUGAGACUAAUAUUAGAAUUUAGAUUAAAUUCUAUAAAUCUAUGUAGACCUUGUGAAGGAAUGUUGGUGGAUAGCUUGACUAGACAGCUAGUGUCAUAUUGUCAUGAUUUGUUAAAAAAUAUAUAUAUAAUACUUAAAAAAAAAAAUUAAUAUCAAUGAAAACAUGACGUGAUUAGUAUUGUUUACAUGUAAUAGGUCAAUUUUUACAGUAAUUAAUGUCGCAAAUAAGAAUUCAAGGAUCAUUAUAUGUUUUUGAGUGAAUUAUUGAACAAAUGGCCGUUAUAGACAUAUUCUACACAUUUUGGGUGUCCGUUAGAGAAGGGUUAAUGUGAAAUAUGUUACUCAUUACUGUGUAGAUCCGUCUGUAUGUAUGACGGUUUUUUUUUUCUCCAGCUGGUAAAUCCAUCAAGAUGUCUGAACGUCACUCUAAUCUAUGAGUGCAUUGAUACGCUACAAUCAACUCGAUAUUCCCAAGGUUUUCACUGAAACAAGACAAUUCGUCCUAAGGCAUUUUUUCAGUGAAAUUCGAGUAUUUAGGCAAACCAUUUUUUAUAACUUGUUCUAAAUUAAUUCUACAAUCUAGGUUAACAAUCAGAUGUAAUCUCAAGAAGUGUAUAUGAAAGGCUUUAUGUCAUGUAAGCAGGCGUAUCUUGUGCCAAGUUCAGAGCUUUAUUUUUACUCACAAACACUCAUAGACUUUACACAAAAUGCACCAAUCCCUUUAAGGAUUUUAUGAAGGUAAUUCCAUGCGAUAUAGAUUGACCUAUAUUCCGAAGGGUGUGACAGAUUAAGCGAAUCCCAAAUAUGACACCUUAAUAUCAUAAUACCGUGUUUUGAUAUAGACUCGAAACUUUCCAUUCAGCCAGAUGUAUAUACCGUGACGAUCGUAAUUGAUACUUUGUAUUAUUUUUGGAAGAGAAUUCGAAUAGAUAUUUAAUGUUAUACUUAUUAUAUACAUCAUUGUUAUUUUUAUAAUCGAGAGUGUCCUCGCGAUUUGCACAUCUUUAAAAUUUGAAUAUUUGCACAUAUGUUUUGAUAAUAAAUUAUUUAUUACAAUGGAAACGAUUG